UAAUUCCCGGAGCAUGCGCAGUCAAGGCCUCCCCGUUAGCGCCCCAGUCUCUGAUAAGAAACGCUAAGUAUAGUUGUUAUCAGUAUUCUGUGUUCAUAUUAUAAACAGUUGACUACGUCAUGUUAAAAUAAGGCCCUUCUUAGUGGGGACGAUGAAGAAGCUGGUAGCGGCCCUGUCCGUCUGUUUCGCCGUGCUUGUAUUCACGAUACUUCACAUCAACCAGUACCAAGACAUCAGGACUACCUUGCUCCGGGCCCCGCCCUUAAACGCCAUACGACACUACCUCUCUCUCCAGCAGAAUGACACGCUUCUAGAAUCAAUUAAAGGAACAAAUAAAAGUUUAACAGUAGUGACAGCAUUUUUUACCAUUGGAAGCUUUCCUAAAGGGACUUUACAUACAGUUAGAAAAUCAAACACUUAUAAUGUGUGGAUGAGAACAUUCCUUUUCAUGAAAAACCCUGUGAUUUUCUACACAGAUAAUAAAACCUACGCAGACUUUUUUGUGGCACUCCGAAAAAAUGCUUCUCUACUGACGGAGGUCGUUCACUUAAAUCGAUCGGAAUUGUGGGCAUUUCAAAUCAUUCCGAAAAUAAAAAAAAUAUACUCCACCCCUGGGUACCCCCGACACUAUCCGAACACAUUUAUUCCGGAAUAUACCAGUUUGACCCAUUCCAAACAGCAGGUGCUCGACAGCGCUGCUCGAAAGAAAGUGUUUGAUACCGACUACUAUUGCUGGUUGGACGCCGGAUAUUUUAGAGAUAUCGUUCACAGAGAGAAGAAGUUCUGGUUGGAAGUACCGGAUGAUUUUAAUAAAUCUCGAAUCGGGGUAACUCGUGUUUUUCAGUCGGAUUUAGAAAGAACUAGUGCACGAACAAUCAUAUUAGGGAACUUAAAUUGGAUAGGGGGAGGGGUUUUCUUGGGUACACCGGAAGCGAUAUCCAGAUUCCACGAUCAAUAUAAAAAAGCUGUGAUGCGAUAUCUAAAUCAGGGAAUAAUGAAUGUAGAACAACAGAUAUUGUACGCUAUGUACACAAAACAAGAAAGACACAAAUACCCGAUUGAUAUUGAAGUACAAUUAUAUGUGCCCGGACAUAGACAAGUGAUUAACACCAACCCGUGGUUCUAUUUGGGAUAUGUGAUGUACAGGGAGGGUACUGUGUAGUGAUCAAUUCAUUAUAAGAACGUUCAAAAUCCACUAACAUGUGCCCCAGUCGCUGCUCUGUUUAUGUAUGGGACUUUGUCACUUGGAGAAGAGAAACUUUUCCAGAUUUGUUGCAUCAAAACCACAAUAACAAUGUAAAGCAAAACUCUGCUGAACUAAUGAUAUUUAAAACUGCUACAAGAUAUCAGUUGCUAGGUUGUUGAUAAAUGUAUGAGUAGUCAUGACUUACGUAUACUUUAUCAUUUUAUAUGAAUUGUACCUGCAUCGGUUCAGUACAAUAAACAAAUUAUUCUGACAGUUCAAUGUUUAUUUUUGUGAUUUCCUUGUCAAAUUCAAAAUGGGAAAUGUUGACAUCUUUUCUCUAUUUGGAAUUACUCGGGACACCUCGCACAACUUUUCAACGUUACCAUCCGGGUACUUUUCAUGUUGUUCGCAAAGCAAAAUUCCCAUAGACUUUCUAUUUCUGGUUGUGUUUUGAAACGUAGAGCGAUAGAGGAGCGUUUUAAAACUAAAAAAAAAAUAGACUUUUUUUUAUAAAAAUGGAUGAGCGAAGUUUGGGCACAGCGGUAAUAAUGAUUUUCAAAAUAUUAACCAAAAAGUGGUGGAAACAGUAACUUUGGACAAAGUAUAGUACGGACGCUGUGAUGUAAUAUUCUGUAUAGCGGAUGAUACAGAGAGUUAUAUGUAACCAUGGAGUUCUGGCCCUAGUUUCUUGAACUGUAUAGCGGAGGAUAUAGACCAAGGAGCGCUAGGCCUGGUCUGUUGGAGAAUAAAGACAGUUAACCAAGGAGUUCUGGGUCUGAUCCACAGGCGCUUGUUUCAUACAGGAGGUCUAUUAACUAUACACAAUAACACAAGGUCUCCAUCUUUUUUUAGGUAAAAAAUGUAGGUCACCGAUUCAACCCCCAAUAUCUUUAUUCAUAAUCCGUAUAUCGCGACAGUAACGAAAAUAAGUGCAGCUCUAAACUGCUCAGAACUUCCGGUUUGGCGAUCGCGAUUUGUUACUUGCGAUCUCAUUGGCUCAAGCUCUUUAGUAAUAAAUAUACCGAUUUCGAAUUUAGCGCUAAAUGUAUUUUCGCAUUUCUCUUGUUUUUAUUCUAAUAAAUGGAAAACACCCGAGAGAGUCGUGAGCCAAUGAGAUCGCGUGUAACAAAUCGCUAUCGCCAAACCGGAAGUUCUGAGCAGUUUAGAGCUGCACUUAUUUUCGUGAGUGGUGAACCAUGGAUUAUUAGGAUCAUUGUCAGGGUUCUCGAGGGGGUGAGGUAAGAAUGAAAGUAAGGGGUGCUAGAAGGGGGUUUCCGCUAAGCAUUGCAUGUGUUACUGUCGCGAUAUACGGAUUAUGAAUAAAUAUAUUUAUAAAUGGUAAGGGAAACACGUGUUGUUAUUGUUUCCGGUGUUAUUUAUAGUAUAACGAUUUCGAUUGGUUUAUUGACGAGUAUACGGGGUUAAGUGUACUCGUGCGGAACAGGUAGUUUACCUGUGUCCAGGUAUUAGGGAAUUAAAGUCAUUCGAGGUUUCGCUGCUUUACGUGCAACAGCCCCCCUCGCCUCCCUUUACGUUUGCUGUGUACAUGUAUCUAAUGUUUUAUUUUAUAUAUUGUAGAAUGUUGAUUAUGAACCAGAAGAUUAAAUACUUGUUGUAAAAAUUUUGAAUUAAAAUUUAGCCUGUUGCACAGACUCAGGCGAAGCAUUUCCUA